AUGAGCCUUCCGCGAAAAUAUACCAACGCAACGGAUUAUCUUCGAGACGUUUUAAAUUUGUUAUCUAAAUAUCGUUGGAUAUACAAUUAUCAAAACACCCACAUUUUAGUGAGGAAUACAUUCGAUCGUUUUCCGGGCGAUUGGGUCGAUUUUUUCAGUACUUUAUCCAACGAAGAGCUUAAUCGUUUGCCAAUAAACGGUUUAAAGAAUUGCCCCGAUUCUCUAGCACAAUUACUCGACGACAUAAAAUCUUUGACGCCUUGUGCAAUUUAUGAGGAAGUGCUCGAGGAUAAUUGCGAAUUCUCGCAUAACAACGGUCUAAGCGCUAAAAAGCGCCACGAGAUCAUUUCUUUAGCUCCCAUUAUAAAUAGGAUCUGUACAGAUUAUAAAGUUGAACUAAUCAUUGACGUGGGUUCCGGAUUAGGCUAUUUAUCACACUAUUUAAACUCCAAAUACGAUUAUAAAGUAAUGGGCUUGGAGCGCUCAAAAGGUUUUGUUGAGUUGGCUUUAAGAAAUCAAGAGAAAUUUUAUCCGAAAUCGAAAAAUUGUGUCAUUUUUAAGGAACUUUUCAUCGAUUCCGAAUCCUCUAAAAGCAUUACUGAUUUAGUUGGAGACAAUUUUGAAUCUACAGGAAUUAAAUCCAGCGCUCUAGUUGGCCUGCAUGCUUGCGCGGAUUUGAGCGUGAAUAUUCUGGAUGUAUUUUCGACAUUACAGUUCGCAAAAGUGCUAAUAAUAAUGCCCUGCUGUUACCACAGAAUGAACUUGCAAAGUUCAAAUGGAGUUAACGGAGAGGAAUAUUUCGUCAAUUUUCCAAUUAGCAAUACAUUAAAGGAACUUUACAAAGAAUUCAAUGCUCAAGAGUAUUUGAGAACGCCGUUUUUACGCCUAUCUUGUCAACAAACAAUCGGUAAUUUUAUUAAUAUGACCGAAGCUCAACAUGAGAGGCAUGCUCAAGAUUUAAUGUUUCGGUGCAUUUUGCAAGCAGUAGCAGAAACUGAACACUACCAAGUGAAAAGACUCAAACGGAAACAAGUCAACAUUAACGGUGAAAAUUCAGACGAGAAUUUUGAGGGUUAUUUGAGAAAUGUACGAAUUGGUCAUUGCUUGCUAGAUUGCAGAAACGAAACAGUUGACAUCGACGACUCGUUUUUGGAUAAAAUGCGUUUAAAAUGGAAGGAUUACAAAAGUAAAUGCUUCCUAAUGGAAGCUUUAACGAGUCUUCAAGCUGCCAUGCAACGAAUGUGUGAGAAUGUGGUGCUAAUCGAUAGAAUUGAGUAUAUGAGAGAAAAAGGUUUCGAGUGUAUGGCAAUGAAAAUUACUAAUGAUCAACUAUCACCAAGAAGUUUCGCGAUUGUUGCUACAAAGGGUUGA